AUGUAUAUAGCACCACGGCGGGAAGUGCCCUUACGAGCAACCGGUGCAACUCCGUCGAUGAUCCCUGCUUCACUGGGCUUUGGCGAGGGCGCUCCGCGCACACGGGUGGAGACUGGAUGGACCCUUCAUCUCAGGCAGCUGCCGCCGAGUUGGGUGCCCACUUCAGGGCACGUGACCGCAGCAGUCGUCUCGUUCCUGGCACUGCGAACUCUGCCUUUUCAGAGGCGCGCUGGCAAUCGCCGAACCUCAGGUGAGCGCUCAGGUGUGGCAGCUUGUGCAAUCCAUGGCUUGCAACUGCGGCUUCCUGCCGGCUCGACGGUCUACUUGACAGGCGUGUCGCAAGAGCUAGAAGGAGAACCGUGCGAAGUUGUGAGCUUUGACAGAUCUGGAAGGUGGUUGGUGCGCUUCUUGCAUCCGCGCUUUCGCGGGCGCACGGCCCUUGUCCCAGAGCAGUGCCUCCAAUUUGGAUACAGUGUCCGGCCGGAGCAUGCGAGGUCCAACCCUUCGACUUCUAGUGCUGUGCUUGUGGAGACCGCUCGAUCAGGAAGGGGCUUGCAAGCCAGUAGAGCCUUCACUGCUGGCAGCGUGGUGUUCAAGGAGCUGCCGUUCCUCUUGACCGCGAAUGACGUGAAUGAAGUUUGCAGAGCUUACUUCAACAUGCGGGCUUCGGGGCGUAAAGAAUCAACCCAAGGUGUGGAGGUCGAAGCCUUCGAGUCCCUUUCUGCCGGGGACGGCUUCAGUGCACAGGCCCGAGCGAGAGUGCAGGCUCAGGCUGCCGAGGUUUGGCAGGCUAUGACAUAUGGAAGAGCCCAAGAGCCAGAAGCUUCUGAACUUCAAAACCUGACUGGGGCAUUGUUGCGUUGGGAGGCCAACCGCUUUUUGCAGCAAGUGUCUCCCAAUGCGGAGCCCAAUAUCUACGCCGUGUAUUCUCUUGUCAGCCGAUUGAACCAUUCAUGUGCUCCUACUGUUCGGCUGCGGCAAGUCUUCCGACCGCUUCAGCCAGGAUUCCAAGUGCCCGACGAUGGCACCUGCCUCGUCCAGGCGGAUCGUGACCUUGAGCCUGGAGAUGCAUUGGUGGUGAACUACGGGCUGCCAGAAUUGCUUGAGUGGCCUGUGGAGCAACGGCGUGAGUAUCUGCUUCAGCGCAACGGCUUUUGCUGCCAGUGUCCGCGUUGUCUCUCAGAAGCAGGAGAAGAUGUGUCCCAGCGCGGAAAAGAGUAUCUGCCCAUGUCUGCGCGCUGUGCUUUGUGA